GAAUUUGAAGGCAGCUCGUCGCCGUCUGCUUCCGGCGCUGCGGAAAAGUUAACAACUGCAGUGCGAGUUUCAACAUGGGCAAGUGUGGCCUCGUCGCACUUGCUGUGGCGGUGUUGUCUGUGCUGCUCGGCGAGAGGAUCGUCAUCUUAAGGAAGCGGGCCCUCGCUUCACGAGAACCGGUUCAUCGUCACCUCCCGAACUGUGCUCCACUGAAGAAUCUAAACGACGGCUCAGAGGAUAUUACUGUCUUUGGGGAUGGGUUCGCCUUUAUCAGCACUGGUCUGAAGUACCCCGGGUUUUCCUCUUCCGACGCGCCCGGUAAGAUCGUUCUCCUUGAUCUAAAAGACCCUCGGCUGAGGCCGACGGAGCUGCGCAUGCCGAGGAACUUCGACCUGGAGACGUUCACCCCUCACGGCAUCAGCGUCUACACCGACCCGACCGAUGGCACAGUGUACCUGUUCGUUGUGAAUCACCCUCAUCACAAAAGCCAAGUAGAGUUAUUUCAAUUCAUUGACGAGGACUUCUCCCUGUUGCAUCUAAAGACCUUCAAACACAAACUUCUUCACAGUGUGAAUGAUAUCGUGGCCUUGGGGGCGGAUCGUUUCUAUGCCACCAAUGAUCACUAUUUUUCCAACGAAUUCCUUAAAACGUUCGUGGAGACGCUCCUGGGUCAGGCCUGGACCAACGUCGUGUAUUACAGCGCGGAGACCGUCAAAGUGGUCUCUGAGGGGUACUACUUUGCAAACGGCAUCAACAUCUCACCGGACAAAAGGUAUAUUUAUCUAGCUGAUUUUAUUGACCAUAAAGUCCACGUAUUGGAGAGGAAAGACGACAACGCAUUGGCCUCUGUGAAGUCUGUAGCCGUGGGGUCACUCUGCGACAACAUUGAAGUUGACCCCAAAACGGGAGACCUGUGGUUAGGCUGCCACCCCAACGGGUGGAAACUUCUCAAGUAUGACCCCAAAGACCCACCUGGAUCCGAGGUCAUCUGCAUUCGGAACAUCCAUUCGGAGCAGCCGGUGGUGACGCAGGUGUACGCCGACGACGGUCACGUCAUCGUUGGCUCCUCUGUCGCGACGACCUACGGGGGGAAACUGAUCAUCGGAUCCAUAUUUCAUAAAGCCUUAUGCUGCGAUUUAGAAGAGGGGGAGGCAAUAACUGAGGAAGGGGAUCGUUUCUUCGAAUCCUCCGACAAAUAGUUUGUCGGAACCUUCGCGUUGUAUUCAUUUUUGGUGUCGGUUAGGAGUUUAAAAACUGCGGUGGAUCUUUUUUUUCUCUCUCUCUCUCUCUCUCUCUCUCUCUCUCUUUGCCGUGUGAUCGGUCGAAAAACUGCUCAGCUCAUGGGUUAUAAGUUCCAGCUAACCUACAACCAAAAGGAACAAACGCUGUCGAAAACGGAGGUGUGGAUAAAUACUGUAGAUGAAUAAGCUAAUACAGAAUUGUAUAUUCAAGCACUACAAAGCGCAUCUUUUAUACUUCGAAACCAAAUCGUGCUAAGAAAUCAAAAGUUUUCCAAGUGAAGUUUGGCGCAUCGCUGCCUGCUGCUUCGUCGGUGGUGAGUUCCAGACAGGAAGGCCGAAAUUGCGCGCAUUUCCUUAAAAAGGACACCAGAGGGCAAGCAGAGGAAAUUGUCAGAUGCUAAAAAAAAAAAACAAAACAAACGAGCACACACAGAAUUUUAAUAUAUCUCAACAGAUGGACUCUGUUUUUAUUUUCUUGCUCUUCUUACUACAUAAUGUUUUAAUAUAAUCUUCAUAAAGCAA